GGUAUUUUGGAGUCGUUCAAACGACGUCUGAAAAGCCAGGCUGAUCAAUUUCGGCGUGCUUGUCUUGGUGCAGCAAAUCAGAUUUUUUCACCGACAAAUUUCUCACCGUUCCAGUUGAAAUCUUUCGCCGAUUGGCUGGCAUCGCUUCGUUUGGCAAGCAGAAGUCCUUACCGAAAAGAUGCGCCGCGUGAACGAGAUUAUUUUAAUCUACGAAAAAUGAUUGUUGUCUCAACCCUGAAAUCCAUUGUUUAUGGCAUCGAUAGCAGUGAUGGCACGAUUAUUUGGCAUUUGUAUUUGGGCCGCAAUAUCAAGCCUUUGCGCAGCUCACUGGGCGACGAGAAGAUUCCUCUGUACGUGCAACGUACCACAGCACACUACCACUUCUCGCCGGUGGCUACAGUUGUUGCUGCUGAUGAAAGUACCGGUCAUACAGUUUUGAUAUCAUUCGAUCCGAUUACUGGUACCGUUUCGGAACGGAAAGUCCUGUCUGUACAAGUGAAGCGCAUUGAACUUCUUCCAUAUACUAAUCCCCACACACACAAACACCACCUUGUUAUGCUCGAUAACAAUAACCAGGUAAUCUUAUAUCCGGAAUAUGAUGGUGCCAUGGAACAGCAUGCUCCCGUGUAUCUUUUCAAUUUUAAUACAGCUGGGGAUUUGGAAGGCUUCGCUUUGAAUGUUGCCCUCAGAAAGCUGCUGCCAGUCUGGAAAGUGAAGCUUGGUUUUUCAGCUGAACAAAAAGUGGUUGCCGUUGCUGCGAAACCAUUCCACCAAAAAGUGCACAGUGCUGGACGUGUAUUGGGCAAUCGUUCCGUGUUGUACAAAUAUGUUAAUCCGAAUUUGGUUGCUGUAGCAUCACAUGACCCUAUCCAUUCACUUCUGCAAAUUCACCUCGUCGAUGCUGUAUCGGGAUAUAUUGUGUACAACGCUAAGCAGAAUAAGAUAGCGGGCCCUGUUCAUUUGGUGCACUGUGAAAAUUGGCUGGCUUAUUCGUACUGGAACGAAAAGGGCCGACGCAUGGAGAUCGCUGUGGUGGAGUUGUACGAAGGUCUCGAACAAACUGACGCGUUGCAUUACAACUCGCUCACCCCAACACUGAUGCCAAAUGUUGCUGCCGUUUCGCAAGCGUACAUUUUUCCGCAGGGCAUCACAGCUCUUGGCGUUACGGAAACUGGUUGGUGA